UUCCAGCGACCGGUGGUUCUUAUUCAAGAUGUCGGCGGUGUCUAUCUACCCCAUGUGUGUCCGUGCGAGCAGGGGCCUCCUUAGGUUGGGCAACGGAAUUAGAGGUGGUACAGCUCCCGCUGUGUUGGACUUAAUUCGGACACUUUCUACAGACCGCCCCACAGGAGUGGAGAGUACUGGCACUGGCGGAUUAGCUCAAGCGAUACUUCAAGAAAGGCUACUACAGCAGCAAAAGAGUCAGGGACAGCCUCCAACAGAGGGUGAGGGAGAUGGGGACCCUGACAAGAAGCAACAGGACCAGACGGAUGAUAAAAAACAGAAGGAGAACACGGCGUAUGCCAAAAAAGUGGUGAUCAGGCUUGCUGGGCUCAUGGGGAUUGGGAGUGCGGUCGGGAUGGUGUACAUAUUUGGUAGCAAUUCGGUUGACGAACAAGGAAACCAGAUUCCAGAUGAGUUCGACAGGGAGGUUCCAGUUAUCCAGCAGUUAAAGAGGACCUUCAAGUAUUUCCAAGACUACAGGCAGAUGAUCAUAGAGCCCACAAGCCCCAAACUUCUUCCAGACCCCCUGAAGGAACCCUACUACCAACCCCCCUACACCCUGGUCCUGGAGCUGACCGACGUCCUGCUACACCCAGAGUGGUCGCUGGCGACCGGCUGGCGCUUUAAGAAGAGGCCUGGCAUCGAGUACCUGUUCCAGCAGCUGGCACCGCUGUACGAGAUCGUCAUCUUCACCGCAGAGACGGGCAUGACGGCCUACCCCCUAAUCGACAGCAUCGAUCCUCAAGGGUUCGUCAUGUACCGCCUCUUCAGGGACGCAACCCGCUACAUGGAAGGACAUCAUGUCAAGGACGUGUCCUGUCUGAACCGCGACACCUCCAAGGUGAUCGUGGUGGACUGCAAACGCGAGGCCUUCAGCCUGCAGCCCUUCAACGGGAUGGCGCUGCGCAAGUGGGACGGCAACUCGGAGGACCGCACUCUGUACGACCUGGCCUCCUUCCUCAAGACCAUUGCCCUCAGCGGCGUGGAUGAUGUGCGCUCUGUCCUUGAAAACUAUGCCCACGAAGAGGACCCCAUCGAUGCCUUCAAACGCAGACAAGCACAGCUGGCACAGGAGGAGGAGCAGCGGCUGGCAGAGAUCUCCAAGCAAAAGAAGCAGAGUCUGUCCCUGGGCUCCAUCACCAGCCGGUUCUGGUCCCGCUCCAAGCAGCAGUGAACCCUCGCACUUACGCCACCAAUCGCAGCCCCCCUUCUCCAGGCAGCCAGCGAAUGGG